CACAAAAAUGCCAGAUCGAUGUGUAGUUUUUGGUUGUUCUAACGUAGCCAGUUUGGAGAAAGGCAUUUCACUUCAUCGCAUACCAUUUUUUAACGACGAAAGAAGCGAAGCUAAGCGUAGGAGAAAGCGAUGGGUCAACUUUGUGAAAGCUACUCGCGAUAAGUGGGUCCCCACAAAGAAUUCCGCAGUUUGCUCGGAACACUUCACAAAAGAUUCGUUUUCUCGGCAAUUCGGCUCGCUUUCUGAAUCAGAAAGUAAUUUUGCACCUCGACUCAUUCGAGAUGAGUUCGGAAUCGUUGCUUACCCGAGCAUUUAUCCUCGAAAAGAUGACAAUGAACUUACAACAAGAGAUCGCAGAAUGAUGAAAAGAAAGUGGAUGUCUGAUUAUAAAAGAGAGGUUGAAUCAGAAAAUAUUCCAAGUACAAGUAGCGAACCUCAAGAGCAAAUAUAAGAAACAACUUGUGAUGAGCCUGUAUUAGAGAAAGUAAACUUAUAUGAUUAUUACGCCACUGCUGUAAAGGUUAACGU